AAAACAAUGAUAACCCCCGUUUUGAAAGUUUAUUCCCACACUCUUACAAUUGAACGUGGGAAUAUUCACAACUGUUUUUACUUUUGAGUUUUCUUGUUUUUUAACUUGGGUGCAGAACAACCUUGUAUUGGCACAUACACACAACGUUAACCAUGUCCACUUCAUCGGACGGGGAGAAUCCUGACGGUGGAAAGAGGUUACAAGAGCAUGGACGGUCAGCGUCUGUAUCGUCAUCAUCGUCAUCAUCGUCAAUAGGACAAGAACGACGAGGUGACGGAAAAGAGAGGAGAAACAGUGCAUUGUCGGUAUCGUCAAUAUCAUCCAUGCAAGAAACCAUUGUCGAUCGACCAUUGGAUUGCUUUGAUCGACAGCGAGCAAAGACAAGAGGACGGGCAUGGCCGUUCCUUGCAAAGUUGAUCACAUUUUGGAUACCCAAUGUCAUUCUGCGAUGGGUGGGCUUCAAAACGGAUUCCCAACGUCAAGCAUGGAGGGAAAAAGUCCUAUUAUUUUCCAUCGUGUUGGUGGCUUCUGGUGCGUUUGUCGCGGUCGUGGAAAUCGCUGGUAGAUUCCUCGCUCCCCCUCGUACAAACUUUUCGACUUCCGAUCUGGCCGAUACGAAUUUUGUGGCAGUCAAUGGCCGUGUAGCGGAUUUUUCAACGUCACAGGAUCCAAUGGGUAAAGCCAUUAAUAAACAAGUCUCGCCUUAUGCGGGUCAAGAUGUCUCGACAAUGUUUCCCACGUUUGCGCUCUUAUCCCGCCCGCUCAACUUUUCUCGACUCGUGGAUCCCGAUUUGAAUGCCGUGGCGACGAGUAUGGGUGCCGUGGACAAUUGGUUAAACACCCGAUUGAUGCAGGAGCCGGGAUACGUUGUAAAUGCCUCGCGUCAAAUGCUGCAGAAUUGUCCCACACCGGAUAGACAGAGCGGGAAUGAUGCCUUGUGUUUUACGUCGAGUACAGAGAGGGUUAUUAGCGAGAGUGUAGUUGGAUAUGUGCUCCAUAAUGCAGAGGAGAUCAGUGUACAAAACAACAACCUUGACACCAGCGCCGCACUAGUAAUUAUCGAUUCACUCGUCUACGAUGUAACUUGGUACCUCCGCAUUGCGACCCGAUAUCCAGACAACCAACAACAAAUCAAUCCUAGCACAGCGUUUCUCUCUGAACCCGUGACGAGAGCCUUGAUGAAUAAUCUAGGCGGGGACGCAUCCGCAGCGUUUAAAUCCAUUCCGAAUCGAGUCCAAAACAUUAAUGCCAUGAACAAGCUGUUUUUCGCGGGUGUAUUGGACGAUGCCAUGCCGCCAGAUACGUUCAAGUUCAACCCAGUGCUACUGGGCGUGGGGGCAUUGGUAUACCUGAGUUUUGUCAUCAAGAUUUUCAUGACGCUCUCGACGGGGUCGGCACCACGGUUAACGACCGCACCGUAUACAAUCUUUUUUGUCCCAGUUUACAAUGAGGAAGCCGUCACGAUCCAGCGAUCGAUAGAGUCCAUCGUGAAUAGCAAUUACGAUGCCAUGAAGCGGUUAUUGUUUGUCGUUGUGGAUGGUGUCGCCGUUCGACCGGGGUCGUACCGUGAUUGUGGGUCCACUGUGACGGGGAUUCUAGGGUGCUCGGGUCUCCCUGCAUCUACCCACUCGUACGUAUCCAUCGGACAAGGCGUUCGAAAAGUCAAUGCCGCACGAGUGUAUUCCGGCGUCUUUACCGCUUCAAAAGGGUCACAGAUUCCAUAUAUCGUUGUGGUCAAGAGCGGGAGUGAUAAUGAGACGACAUUACCCGGGACAAGAGGAAAACGGGAUUCCAUGUUGAUUGCUUUAAACUAUCUCAUGAACUUGACACAACCCUCCCAAGCUCUCUUGACCCCCCUCGAACACGAGAUUCAUAGGCAAAUCACACGUAAACUAAAAAUGGAUCCGACGCUGUUCAAAUAUUUUGCUGUUAUUGAUGGGGACUCGUAUGUGGAGACCAACGCCGUGAAGCGCCUUGUCGGACGAUUGGAGCGAAAUGAUACCAUCAUGGCGAUUCACGGUACACUUCAACCCGUGUCAAAAACAACGACCUUUGCAACAAUCUUACAAGCCUACCCAUGGUUCCACCUGCAUCACCUAGCACCUUGUCUCGAUUCCGUCUUGGGUUCCGUGGGAAGAUCAUGGGGCGGCGGGUUUGCCGUGUACCGACUCUCAUUUGAAGAUGGAACGCCAUGUUUAGUGUCUGAACGGGUUUUGCGCGAGUUUGCACGGACGGCUUGUGACAUGUCCACCCAAAACGCUCUUCAUUUAGGUGAAGACAAGUUUUUACCGCCGUUACUCCUCCAAGCGCAUCCACGGCCGAAUCAUUUAGAAUAUAACUCGUCAGCUGUUGCGUAUUCGGAUAUGCCGACACGGUUUCGAACGUUAAUGGCACAACAACGUCGAUCGUUCAACGCACGGUACAAUAUCCUGUCCUCUAUCCCGUUUUGUAUUCGUCGGCCCAUCGUGCCGCUCAUGGCCUAUGUGGAAGUCCUUACCAUGACCCUAUCCCCUGUCGCAACUGCGUACUUGUACUAUAUCGUGACACGAAUCAUCGUGCUAGUGAUCAUCAAGCACUGUCCCGCCAUUUCACUCACGAACACCGAUAUCCUCGUCUCUAUCGCCAUGGGGACACUCUUUCUCCUCCAAGCCCUCCUCUUCCUCGCUACACUCAACAUCAAGAGCCUGUUUCCCUUGUUUGCCUACAUGGUGUUUGGGAUCCCAUUGUACCAGAUUGUGAUUCCCUUAUGGGGAUUCUGGAGCAUGGAUCGUGCCGUGUGGAGUGAUACGGUUGUUGUGGAGCGGGCGGGGUGGGUCCGUGUCCAUGGUGCGGAUGCAACAUGUGGUGGUGGCGGAGAUGUCCCUGGUUCCAUAAGAGAUAAACGAAAAUUGUCAACGGGACCCGUUUUAAUGCCUUUUGAAACCGAAGAAGAACCUACCAACCAAGUUGGUAUCAACAUGGUUGACCAUGGAUUAACCGACACGGACCUGGAUACACCUAUAGCAACCUACGUACGGAACCGAAUCUCACCCUACCACAUUAAAACCUCCCUUGAACGAACACCGACCAUCAAUUCCGCUGCAACAACCUUACCCGCCACACCCGCCUCCACAACCUCCUUCCUAACCCCCGCCGAAGCAACCUACUACCCCCUCUCAACCCCCAUCUCCACACCCCCCAUUAAAUCCUUUUUACGACCCGUCAUGACACCCGCAUUAGCAGCCAUGCUCGACAAUGACCCCCAAACCUCUACUUCUUCCCGCCCCCCAUCAGACGUCAUCUCCCCUUACAACCUCUACAGAAAAUCCAUCUCCUCCCGAAAAUCGUCCCGCUCGUUCCGGGUCGUAUCGGGCGUAACAUCCCAUUACCCCUCGUUCGCGACAACCAAUUCCGCUGAAACGGGCAUGACACUCCGAUCAUCAUUUGCAUCCAAUUCCCCAAAUUUGUCACAAGAAUUGAAAAAAGCGGUUCGAGAUCAUGUUUACGCUUUUUUAAGCACACGGGAUUUGAAUAGUGUUACCGCCCGAGGUGUCCUAGAGUACUUGACCAGUAUUUUUGGUGAGGAGUUGAAAGGGGUUGAAAUGUUUGUUAGGGAUGUUGUGGAGGAGUUUACGUUGGAGGCUUUGGCGUUAAUGUAGAUAUCGGCUUUUUUUUUUUUUUUAUUUAAGUUUUUUGGAGGGGGCGUGGAUAGGGGACUUUUUUGUAAUUAUGCCU